CCCAGAUCGCCAAAGAACCCCCUCAAAACACGGGCCUCGUCGGUGGCUCCGCAGAAACGAGCGGCGCGCCGAGCCGAGAAGGGGGAGAGGGGAUCUCCUCCGGCGGGCUUGCCUUAAGUGGGGCGCGCUUUCGAAGUCGGCCGCAUCCACAGCAACGGAUUGACUCCGGCACGCACGUUCUAUAGUGGCUUCAACGACACUGUGCUAACUCGAAGCCAUGGCAGGAAUAGACUCCCGCGAAGGACAGAGCUUAUUCAUCAACUACCUCAUCCUGAUCGUGCUCCUGCUCAUCUUAUGGGUCCUGUACGUCGGAGGCGACGCACGCGGCCACGGCCGACACUGGACCCGUCCCUCUCCCACCCUCUAGGAAUCCCGUACACCCAUUUGCCCCACGAGAACUUGGACCCGCGUAGCGGUAUACACGAGGAGGCAGUUUUUUUCGCUGGUAGUACAGCCUUUCCGUGUAGCACGGAGCCAAAAAGUGCUCCGACCAAGAAUGUAAAUGCACCACUUGGACUGGCAACCAGUCGCCAUCCGCUGCAAAACCCGACGGCUGCCGAGAUGCUGCACUUCCAACAAGCAACCACGGAGGGGGCCCUCCUGACAAGGGAGCACCGAAAGUCGCACGCUCGCAAAUUCCACUACGAGGGGGCCACACGUGUUGGCCUCGUAUAGUACCAACAACGUUAUCCACAGCAUACAGAGUGAACUAGAAAGAAACAAAGGAAUUGGCACAAGCCCAGAUAAGCCCACAUGUGAACAGUCACCGUGGAAGCAAGCAGCCUGAAUAUCAUGUAUAUAUAAUGAAACCCGCUCCUUGCACCUUAGAAGACUGUCCUGUAGAUAGAACUCAAAGCUACCAUCAAUCAUUCGAUGCAUGCUUCUGCAAUAAUCAUUUAGAGGCCUCUUUGAGGCCCCUUUGUGCUUAGGCGUCAUCAGUGUAUGUGUUGCGUCACAUCUGUCAUGUUGAACAUUGUGUCGAAGCUACUUCGCCAUCCUGCUAUGGUUGUAGAGAUUAAAGGUGAAAUCAAUAGAAAAGUCGAAAUAAAAUUUGUUCUUAAUGAUUAUUGAAUGGUCAAUAAACAGUGCUUGACUCAUUCUUCCCCUC